GGACGCACAAAAGCAUCUCCCACCUCUACUCUCUCCCCCCUCACCCCCAAAACCCCACAAACAGUUAUUGUCUCUCUCUAUCUCUCUCCCUCUCUCUCUCUCUCUCUCUCUUUCGUUCUCACUCAUAGGGCUUCGCUCUUCUCUGUACCCUUCUCUCUCUAAGCCCAUCAUCGGAUCUGAGUUCCCAACGCUAAAACCCAUCUUCGAUAUUGUCUGAUCCUCCCGCUUCCCCACAUUGUUGUACGCUCUUGACUUCACUCAUUCUCUUCAUUAUAUAUAUCUAUAUAUUUAUAUAUAUACAUAUAUUAUAUAUAUAUAUACUGAGUGUAAGGACUAAGGUGGGGCUGAAGGAAAUCCGACCCGGAUUGGAUCGGGGCGUUGCUCGGGGCAUUUUCAUGGAAAUGCCUCGGCCCGGCGGGGGAGAACAACGACCACAACGAUGAGCAGAGCCCGGCCCGACGAGGAAGACGAAGACGAGUGUUUUCACGACUCGCUUGACCGUCUACUCUCUUCCGCCAACACUUCCUGCUCUUCCUCGGCUUUGCCGUCCGACGACGAGGAUGAUCCCAAUUCCCGGCUCGGUUCGCCCAAUUAUGGCCCGGUUAUUGUUCCUAAGUUCCCCGCUGCUAACAACUACGAUGUCUGGAUCUCCCAGCCUUCCUCUAUCGAAGAACGCCGCCUCCGCCUUCUCCGCCAGAUGGGACUCAGCUGUGACGCGUCUCUGCUCCGCCACCGUCCACCGCCGUCCGCUGCCGACGACGGAACGGAGAAUUUUGGCAGAUCGGCGUCGUCGGAUCAGUUGAAAUGUUCAAGUAGCAGCGGGAUUGUCCGAUCGAAAUCGGACGGUGAUUGUAAUUCAUCUCGUUAUUCAACUUGUUCAUCGUCAUCAGUUCAUAGAAAUAGCGAAUUUCUUUCUAUUGAUUCCGCCCCCUUGAAAUCGGCAUCGGCCAAGGAGGCCAAUGUUGGUGGAAGCAUAGUUGUAAAUAAUAGUGAAUACCGUAGACGAAGUGCCAGUAACGUUGAUCAAUUGCGGAACUGCAAUGGAUCACUGCCUACCAAUCCUCUUUCACCCAAGAAGCCCCCCACGAGUAAGCAUAAAAGCAAUUCCUCCCAAAAUGGGAGCUGUAAUUUUGGACAUGGGGAGGGGGAGGAGGUUCUUAGGGUUGAGGAGGCUGUGUGUACAAUAAAGGAUCUUGAUAAUGGGAAGGAAUUUGUGGUGAAUGAAGUGAGGGAGGAUGGAAUGUGGAACAAGCUUAAGGAAGUAGGUACGGGAAGGCAGCUGACGAUGGAAGAAUUUGAGAUGUGUGUUGGGACUUCGCCCAUUGUUCAAGAACUGAUGAGAAGGCAGAGUGUGGAAGAUGGGAAUAAGGAUGGUUUGGAUUCCAAUGCAAAUGAUAGUAGUGGCAGUGGCUCUAAAUUGAAGAAGAGGGGAGGCUGGUUAAAGAGCAUUAGGAAUGUGGCAAACUCCAUGACUGGUUAUAAGGAGCGGAGGAGUAGUGACGAGAGAGAUACUUCAUCAGAGAAAGGUGGGAGAAGGUCAAGCUCUGCAACUGAUGAUAGCCAGGACGCAUCUUUUCAUGGACCGGAGAGAGUUCGAGUUCGACAGUAUGGGAAAUCUUGUAAAGAACUUUCAGCACUCUACAAAACCCAGGAAAUUCAGGCGCAUACUGGGUCUAUUUGGACUAUCAAAUUCAGUUUGGAUGGGAAAUAUCUUGCUAGUGCUGGUGAGGACUGUGCCAUACAUGUCUGGCAGGUUACAGAAUUAGAGAGGAAAGGUGACAUGCUACUGGAUAAACCUGAUGAUGGGAGCUUGAAUGUGAUUGUCCUUACAAAUGGGUCCUCUGAGCCGACUUCUGGGUCACCAAGUUUGGAUGGUCACACAGAGAAGAAGAGAAGUGGAAAAUCAUCCAUAAACCGUAAAUCAGUGAGCUUCGACCAUGUUUUGGUGCCAGAGACUGUAUUUGCCUUGUCAGAGAAACCCAUCUGUUCUCUUGAGGGACAUGAGGAAGAUGUGCUAGACCUCUCCUGGUCCAAAUCUCAGCGCUUGCUCUCGUCUUCAAUGGAUAAAACAGUACGACUCUGGGAUUUAUCUAGCAAAUCUUGUUUAAAGGUCUUCUCACACAGUGACUUUGUAACUUGCAUCCAGUUUAACCCUGUUGAUGAUAGAUACUUCAUCAGUGGUUCUCUGGAUUCUAAGGUCCGUAUAUGGAGCAUUCCUGAGAGGCAAGUUGUUGAUUGGAAUGAUCUGCAUGAGAUGGUUACUGCAGCAUGCUACACACCAGAUGGUCAGGGUGCACUAGUUGGUUCAUAUAAGGGGAGUUGCCUCUUGUACAACACAUCAGAGAAUAAAUUGCAGCAAAAAGGACAAAUUAAUCUACAGAACAAGAAGAAAAGAUCUCAUCAAAAGAAAAUUACAGGUUUUGAGUUUGUCCCUGGAAGUACAUCAGAAGUGCUUGUAACAUCUGCAGAUUCUCGAAUUCGGGUUAUUGAAGGUGUUGAUCUGGUUCACAAGUUCAAAGGGUUUCGCAAUUCAAAGAGUCACUCUGCCUCUCUCUCUGUUGAUGGAAGGUAUGUGGUCUGUGCCAGUGAAGAUUCAUAUGUAUAUGUCUGGAAACAUGAUGGUGAUUCUCGACCAAGUAGGAGCAAAGGGGUUACUGUCACACAGUGUUAUGAACAGUUCCACAGUCAAGAUGUUUCGGUGGCCAUUCCUUGGCCCGGAAUGUGUGAUACAUGGAGAUUUCAAGACAACUCUUCUCCAGAAGAACACAGUGGCCCAUUUGAUCAAACCGAUGAGGUCUCCACCUCAAAUCAUCCGCCUUCGCCUGCUGAAGAGGCAUACGGGAAUGAAUCCUCACCAUUGGCUUCUGGCUGCAGUAACAGUCCACUACAUGGAAUUAUAUGCAACGCCACAAACAGCUACUUCUUUGAUAGAAUAUCAGCAGCAUGGCCUGAGGAAAAACUCGUUUCAUCAACUAACAAAACCCAGAGCCCUCAUGCCAGCAUGGAUGACUUCUCCAGUAGUGGCCUUUAUCAGACAAAGUCUGCCGCCUGGGGCUUGGUCAUCGUAACUGCUGAUAACCGAGGUGAAAUCAGGACUUUCCAAAACUUUGGAAUGCCAAUACGGAUUUAGUUGGGUGAAAGCGUUCAGAAGCCAAAUUCAAGUACACAGCAUUUGUACAGAUCAGUGAGAUUUGUAAUAUUAGUCGUUUUUAUUUCUUGUUCUUGUACCAGUUGGGAUCUGGGAAUUAGAUAUCACGUCUGCCUGACUAGGCACUAAAGAGCUAUAUAUAUAAUAUAUAUAAACGAAAAAAAAAAAUUGUUAUUUGAGGUAAAAGUAAGGUACACACUUGUCCAGAAACCGAUGGUUUUUUCUGUAAUCAGCAAUUGUAGAGUGGAGCUUCAUGAAAUUUUAUUGAAUUAAACGAAAUUCUUUUACAA